UAAUGAAGGGUUAAGCUGAUUAAAAGAAGGAAGCAACAAAAACUGUAAAGAAAGUUAAGACAACUAAUAAAAGUGCACCUGUGAGGUAGAGUUGAAUACUAAAUUUAGAUUAUGGGUUAAGGCUGCAUUUACAGGUUUCAGAAGAUCAAAGGUUUAAUAAAAUGAGAAUUAAGCAUUACUCAAAAUUCAACAUGUUGAAGAUGUUGCUUCAAGCAGAUUCUAUUGGGGAAAGAGAGUUGCAUACAUUUAUAAGGCCCAUACACUUAAGAACAACACAAAAUUCAGAGUAUGAAAUUAAUUUUAUUCAGACUAUUUGGGGUCGUAUUAGUAAAUCACAUGGAGCAAAUGGAGUUGUGAUUGCUCGUUUUGGCAGAAAUCUCCCACCAAGAGCUAUUGGAUCAACCCUUAGAGUAUUCCUUUAUCCCAACAGAGCUUGAA